UUUCUGAUGAUGAUGAGAUAGAUUACUCCGUCAAGCCAGAAUUUUAUGAUUCAGAACUUGAUGACAAAGAUGAACUCUGGGUCCAAAAGAAAAGGGGUGGUCGUACUUCUGAUGCCAUCCUUAAUUGUCCAGCUUGUUUUACCACUCUUUGUCUAGAUUGUCAAAGGCAUGAAAAGAAUAUUACGCAGUACCGAGCAAUGUUUGUGGUCAAUUGCAAGAUCAAGAGUGAACAAGUGGCGGAUCUUGGAACCAAACGAAAGAGGGGCAAGAAAGGGCGUGGAUCUUCUGAGGCAAAAGUGGGUUCUGAUGUGGGAGAGACAUAUAAACAUGUAUGCUGUUCAGUUUGUUCAACGCAGGUUGGAGUCAUCGAUGAAGAAGAGGUCUAUCAUUUCUUUAACGUUCUUCCUAGCGAGCCCUGACGUGUAAAUGGCCUUGAACUCUCAGGAUAUAGUUUGUUAAACAUAUGUUUUCGGUCGUAGGAUUGCACUGGGUAUGUUGCUGUCGUAUGUUUUCGGCUAUGCAUUACAGAAAACUUGAGAGGUCAAUGAACACUUUUUCUAGGAGGUUUUUUUCA